AUGGGUGGCGAUGAGCUGCGAGGCUUAAGUUUUCUGACGCGCACUGGCGAGACGGUGCGUUUGCAUGACUGCAUUUGCUGGCGCCAUUUGGAGGGCCGGCCCUGCCGCACAGCCCAGGAUUGCCAGGUAGCACAGUCUGUAGACGUCGUCAUCAUUCCCGUGCCGCCAUCAGGCUACAGCAACAGCAAGCGCGCCCGCAAGUGCGGCGUCCCCACCCAAGCCGCCAAUCCCACCACAUCCACUGCCGCACCCUCGGCGGCAAUCAUCAAGACAGCGCGGGAGGCCCUGGAGGCCGGCGGGCUGCGUGUCACCGUGGACGACUGCCCCCGCCAAACUCCUGGUGCCAAGUUCCACACCUGGGAGCACCGCGGCGUGGCGUUACGCGUCGAGGUGGGAGUCCGCGAGGUCGCUACAGGCACCACCUGCCUGGCGUUGCACCCCCGCUUGGCGCACAUGAUGCCGCUGGCAAAUCGCACCGCUGGCCUGGUGGCGCAGCCGCCGCCAUCGGAUCACGACGGCGCCUUGGAAGGUUCAGCUCCAGGGAGCCCGCCCGGCGGCGUUUCUUCGGUGGCGGCGGCUGCAGCAGCAGUUGGAGACGGGUGCGGUCGCGGCGGCAGGUCCGCCAGUCUGCGGCUGGGGGCCCUGAGCCCCGAGGCGCUGGUGGCUACUUGCCGCGCGGUGGUGGCGGCGGAGCGGAGCAACCAGAACGUUGGCACAAGUGCCCAUGCUACAGCUCCUAUAGCAGCAGCAGUUGAGCCGCCAUCGGUGGCGUCUGGCUGUAGCAGCAACGGCAGUGGUGCGAUGACGAUGGCAGCGGCGGUGGGGGGUUCCCCGCGCUCGCAGUGGUGGUGCAGGAAGCUGCACCUGUGGCCGGAGCUGUUGGCGACCACCUGGGGGGGGGACACCGCGGUGCUAGUGGCCGCGAUGCUAGCGGAGCUGACGGCCGCCGCCACUGCCGCUAAUGCUGUACAGCAAGCUGAUUGCGAUGGCAGCGGCGCCGGCGGUGCCGGCGCGGCGGGGGACUUGCAAGCGGGCGCCACCGAGCCCGGCCCUGGUCAGCGGCCUUGCGUCGCACAUUUGCGGCACUUGCUACAGCUCGGCCGGCGCUGCUACUGCGGCCGUGGUCAUUACAGCUUGCUUCAGUUGCAACAAGAGGUGGAGCGGCGGUUCAUUGGAAACUGCGACCAUCAUCAUCAGCAGCAGCAGCAGGCACUGGCGCUCACAUGGAUUGCGCCACCGUCGCUGCCGCCGGGUCAUGCAGGUUCCCGAAGGCAACAAAAAGGCGCUGGCUCGGCGGCAGGAGGGCGGGAGCGGCAUCAUCACCAGCAGCAGCAGCAGGAGAGGCAAAAGCCAACGGAACCGGUGUCACUGGGGCCCCUGACGGCCCACGAGCCGCCGCCGCCGAGUUCCCACCCCCCUCUGGCGGUGUCACGUACUCGGCAAGGAGGCUCCCACGGCUGGGCCCGGGUCUUCCUAGCGGCCCCUUCCUCGCCCCCCUCCCCCCCUUCCUGCGGCCCGGGGGCGGCUGUGGCGGCACUGGACGGCAGGCUGCGCCUCGGUGGCGCGGCCCUAACGGUGUCGUACUCCAGCGGCCGCCUAGACACCAUCUUUCCGUACCUGCCGUACACUGUACGGUCGGCGAUGCGCGUGGAUAGUACGGCAGCUUUCUCCGCUACCGACCAGGCGACAGCGGACAAGAUGACGGAUGUGCUGGCGGGGCUGGCGGAGCGGCUGCUGCUGCCGUCACCACUGUCACCGUCAUCGCCGCCGCUGCUACUUCCCCUGACUUUGACCGAUGGUACGGCAUGUUGUGGCGGUAACACGCUGUCAUUCGCCCGGCGCUUCCAGCGGGUAGUGGCGGUGGAGCUCGACCCGGAUCGAGCGGCAGAUUUGCGACACAACACGGCCCUGGUGCAAGCCUGGGACGCCUUCCGCCGCGGCCAGCACCCCGCCGCUGCGGCCGCAGCCGCCCGGCCGCCCACGGAGGCCGCGGAAGGCCCCUCCGGCGACCAGGUGCGGCAGCUGCCGGGUGUUACAGACCCGGCCGGCGUAUCGGCGCCGCCGCCGCCGGGCGUCCGCUGUGUCACAGCAACGGCUCCGGGGCCUCCAGCCGGUGGUGCCCUUCCCUCGCGGCCCCUCGGGGUCAUCGAGGUGUUGUGGGGGGACUAUUCGCGGGCGGCAAAGUCGCUGCGGCAGGACGUCGUGUUUCUGGAUCCGCCGUGGGGAGGGCAGAAGCCGCUGUCGUACUUGGUUACGGAGCUGCUGGUGGGGGGCAGUGCUGGGAUGGUGGCGCUGAAGCUGCCCAGCAGGUUAUGCGGAGAGCUGCGGUCGAUGCAGUGGAGGGUACGGCAGCUGGUGGCGGCGAGGCUGAGGGAAGCGGGCGAUGGCGCGCGCGGUGAUGAUGAUGAUGAUGAUGGUGUUGGUGGUCCUGACGCUGUCACCGCUCCUCCUGCCGGCCGACUGCUUUGUGGUGCGGAGGUUACCCUGGGCCGGUCCGCACUGGUGGUAUUUUUGUUAGUGCCGUACCGUCGUACGUAUCUCGUGCAUGAGGACCGUGGGGAAGUCGCGCUGGCAAUGCAGCCCGAGGGAGCCGACGGUGACGGCAGAGGACAAGCUGGUGGCGGGGACGGUGGUGAAGAGGCGACGGAAGGAGGGUCAGCUCCGGAUGGGGGCUGCUGUAUGACUGAGCGCGUGCCGGUGUUUCAUAGCAGGUUUACAGGCACCAGGCUUGAGCAGUUAGCGGACUGUACGGACAUGGUGACAUAA